ACCUCCUUCAUCCAUCAACAAAAGUUUCAAGCUUUAAAUCUAAGUUUGUAAAAGAGAAAACAUGGUAGCCAAAUUGCCAGAAGAAGAGCAUCCCAAGGAGGCAUUCGGAUGGGCUGCUAGAGACCAAUCUGGCGUCCUCUCUCCCUUCAAAUUCUCCAGGAGAGCAACAGGAGAGAAAGACGUUUCUUUUAAAGUCCUGUACUGUGGGAUGUGCCACUCAGAUCUUCACAUGGUCAAGAAUGAAUGGGGCAAUUCUAUUUAUCCUCUUGUUCCUGGGCAUGAGAUUGUGGGAGUGGUGACAGAAGUGGGGAGCAAGGUGGCAAAAUUCAAGGUGGGAGAUAAAGUGGGUGUGGGCUGCAUGGUGGGAUCAUGCCAUUCCUGCGAUAAUUGCACAAACAAUCUUGAAAAUUAUUGCCCAGAAAUGAUUCUUACUUAUAAUGCCAAGUACUAUGACGGAACCAUCACAUACGGUGGCUACUCCGACACCAUGGUUGCCGAUGAGCACUUCAUUGUUCGAAUUCCAGACAACAUGCCUCUUGAUGCAACUGCUCCUCUCCUUUGUGCUGGGAUCACAGUGUAUAGCCCCUUGAAAUAUUAUGGGCUUGACAAACCUGGUUUGCAUGUAGGUGUAGUUGGCCUUGGUGGGCUUGGUCACAUGGCUGUGAAGUUUGCCAAAGCCAUGGGAGCUAAGGUCACUGUGAUCAGCACUUCACCCAACAAGAAGCAGGAGGCUAUUGAGCGUCUUGGUGCCGAUUCAUUUUUGGUCAGUCGUGACCAAGAUCAAAUGAAGGUUGCGACGGGGACAAUGGAUGGAAUAAUUGACACAGUAUCUGCAAUACACCCUCUUCUUCCAUUGCUUGCUUUAUUGAAGUCGCAUGGAAAGCUGAUUUUGGUUGGAGCCCCAGAGAAGCCACUUGAGCUCCCAGCUUUUGCCUUGUUAAUGGGGAGGAAGGUGGUGGGUGGUAGUUGUAUCGGAGGAAUGAAGGAGACGCAAGAAAUGAUUGAUUUUGCAGCAAAACACGGCAUUAAGUCGGAUGUUGAAGUGAUCUCGAUGGAUUAUGUGAACACUGCAAUGGAGCGCAUGCUGAAAGCUGAUGUUAGAUACCGAUUUGUUAUUGACAUUGGCAAUACAAUCCAAUGCAGCAGCUGAAUUUCUUUAAUUUGACAUAGCUAGUGAAAUAGGUUCUAGAAUUUUGCAGUCUAUUAUUAUGAGAAUAAGUAUCUUUUUUUGAAAGAAUUAUGAGUCAUGAGUAUCAAUUUGUAAUAAAAUGGAUUUUAAUGAAUAAAGUUUUCUCUCUAGUUUAGCCUAGAGAGAGUUCUAGGUUC